AUAGGCCGGCGAGCUAUAACAGUUAUUUGCCAGUCUAUCGUCGGCACCAGUCGGCACCGAUCGGAAUUCACUGCUCGACGCUCGCGUUUGCUCCGUCAGUGUUCUACUUUACUGUGAUAAUAUCCUUAAAACAUUCAUAGAAUACUUAAAUUAUACCAGUGACCAUAGUUAUAUGUUCUUAUAAUACACAUCCUGUGAAAUAAUACUAAAAGCUACUAGAUAGUAUACAUUUUUUAAAAGAAAAAAAAACAUCGAAGAACUCAAAUACAAAAGUACCUAAUUUAUUAUGCAAUCCGGCGCUCAACACAGAUAAAUCUGUUCAGAUGAAAUGUUAAAAUUGAAACUAAUUGGUGGAACUCAUCGAUCUUGUCAAAAUCAAGAGUAAAUUUUUAUACAUAUUGAUUAUUGGUAAAUUAAAAAGUGACUGACUUGUGAAAACGCACUUGUUUUACGGAAAGUUUAAAAGCCGAACUUAAUUUUAGUCGUCAAUGAGUGAAAUUUAUUGCCUGCAAUGGAUUCAAAAAUCAUAUUGAAGGAAAAAAAUCCACAUGAUAAGGCUAACAUUGCAUCCAAGAUAUUUUUAACAUGGAGCUUCAGCUUGUUCAAAAGAGGCUACAAACAAGCAAUCACCCUUGAGGACCUCUGGCAGGCUCGUGAGGGCGACCACUCCGGCGCCCUCGGCGACAGACUCGAGGAGGCAUGGGAGUAUGAGCUCGACAACGCCCGGCGGAAUGGCGGCAAACCGUCCCUCUCACGGGCCAUCGUUAGGUCCUUCUGGGUAGAGUACAUGCUCUGCGGACUUGGCGUUGGUUUACUUUUUAUCGUGUUAUGGCCUUUGAUACCAUACACGUUAGCUUUAUUCAUAGCAUAUUUCGCCGGGGAAAGGAAUGCGGAAACUUAUAAACAAGCACAUAUUUUGAAUUUUUCUAUGAAUUUACUGAGUAUAGUUACCGCCAUAAUGAUGAACCACAUGACAUUGGCUCAGGCAUGCGUUGGAAUGAAAGUUCGAAUAGCAUGUUGCUCAAUCAUGUAUAGAAAGAUACUGAAGCUCGAUCGCGUUGGAAUGAGUAAAACAGAGCCGGGCCAAGUUAUAAACUUGAUGUCGAAUGACGUAAACAGGUUUGACCUGGUGUGCCAGUUUCUGAACUACUUAUGGGUGAUGCCCAUCGUGGUGCCCGUGGUGUCUUAUCUGGUCUGGCAGCACGUCUCCUACGCCACCUUCGCUGCUCUGUUGGUCAUAUUUUUGCAGACCGUGUUGAUUCAAGCUUACCUCAGCAAUCGUCAAGGAGUUCUGCGAGGGAAGAUAGCAAAACGUACAGAUGAGAGGGUCAGAGUGAUGACAGAAUUAAUUAACGGAGUGCAGGUCAUUAAGAUGUACGCCUGGGAGAAACCUUUCGAGAAACUGGUCGACACUUUGAGGAAGCUCGAAAUUAAGUUCAUACGUCGCACGUCAAUGAUCAAAGGGUUCUCUACGGCUCUCAUGGUGUUCACGGAGAGAUUCAUCUUGUUCGCGACCAUAGUAACCUUUGUGGUGAUGGGUGGAGAAAUCAGAUCGGGAAUUGCGUUUUCUUUGAUCCAGUAUUUCAAUCUGUUGCAAUUAGCUUGCAAUAUUUUCUUCCCCAUGGCUCUUUCGUUCCUCGCUGAAACUAAAGUGUCCAUCAGACGACUGGAGGAGUUCCUAUCAUUAGAAGAAAUAAACGAUGGCAAAGAGAAGGAAGCGGAGAAGACCAAAUUGAGUCUCUUUAAUGGUACAGACAGUAAAUUGGAUAAAGCUAAUCAAAAGGAGAGGAUGAAGCCAACCGCCUUGGUGCUGUCUGGAGUUAGUGCGAGCUGGCAGCCCGAACCCAUCGUCUAUACUUUGAGAAACAUCUCGCUGACAGUACCACCUGGGGAAUUCAUCGGAAUUGUUGGUCUCGUUGGCUCAGGGAAGUCGUCGCUGCUGCAACUACUCCUGGGCGAACUACCACCAUCAGAAGGGUCAUUAUCUCUCGGUGGCUCCCGCAUAUCCUACGCCAGCCAGGAGCCGUGGCUCUUCGUAGCUACAGUCCGCCAGAACAUUCUCUUCGGCCUGCCUUAUGAUCCCGUGCGAUACAAGAAGGUGGUGACCGCGUGUGCCCUUUUGAGAGACUUUGAGCAACUUCCAAAUGGAGACGCGACGCUGGUUGGCGAGAGAGGCGCCAGUCUUAGUGGUGGCCAGAGGGCUCGAGUUGGCCUCGCAAGAGCAUGCUACAGAGAGGCGGACAUUUACUUAUUGGACGACCCGCUAUCUGCCGUGGACACGCACGUGGGCAAAGAGCUGGUAGCCAAGUGUGUGAUGGGCCUGCUCCGACACUCCACGCGAAUCCUCGUCACUCAUCAGCUGCAUCAUCUCAAAGCAGCUGACAGAGUCGUCAUACUUCGCAAUGGUGAAAUAGAAACUAGUGGCACUUUCGAUGAGGUGUCUAACUCGCCGCUAUUCGAAGAACUGCUUCAAGAGGAAGAGCCAGAUGAGUCGGGUUGUCCGCCGGCGAUGCGACAGCGUACAAUGUCCGUUAAGUCUUACUCGAGCGUCAGCACAGUGAAUGAAAUAGGAAAUGUUGAUAAUGUGGAAGAAGAAGAAGACGCGGAAUUAACCGGAUCAGGUCGAGUAUCAGCAUCGGUGUACGUGAAGUAUUUCCGAGCCGGCGGUGGCUGGUGUAUGCUAUUGUUUACGGUCCUGUCCAUUAUCAUGGCGCAAGUAAUCACUUCAGCUAGUGACCUCUGGCUUACGCAUUGGAUGAAUGAUAUAGAGCUUCAGUACACAACAGCUGCAGCAAGGGAGGAGCUAGCAAAUUUGACCAACUUGAAUAACACGAAUAGCUACAACGACACCGAAUUUACCAGUGUUACGACUGAAACCCCAUUGACCACCACAGAUGGACGUAAUCUCACCGUACUGGAUACUAUGGUUAAGACAGCCCUCACAAUACAAAGCAUUGCUGCCCCAAAUGUAGACCACUCGUGGUACAUUUACAUAUGGACAAUUGGAAUUAUUGGCUGUGUUCUGUUAACUACUUGGAGAUCCGUGCUGUUUCUAUGGGUGUGCAUGAGAAGUUCCAUAAGGCUACACAACCAGAUGUUCGGUAACAUUCUCGCGGCCACCAUGCGAUUCUUUGACACUAACCCCUCGGGAAGAGUCCUUAAUCGGUUUUCCAAGGACAUGGGCUACGUUGACGAGAUCCUACCGAGAAUGUAUUUGGACAGUAUUCAGGUGUUCAUGGUGAUGUCGGGAAUUUUAGUGAUGGUGGCGAUUGUCAACCCCUACAUGUUGCUGACAACGGCCGGCUGCGCAGUGCUCAUGUAUGGCUGGACCAUGAUCUACCUCAGCACAGCACAGGCAGUUAAAAGGGUGGAGGGCGUGUCCCGCAGUCCUGUGUUCUCACACGUAUCGGCCAGCAUGGCGGGGCUGUCAACGGUGCGCGCUUGCGGUGCGCAGGAGUUGCUGCGCAAGCAGUUCGACGAUAAACAGGACGUGCACACUGCCGCUUGGUAUAUAACUCUAGUUACAAAUACCGCCUUCUCCGUCUGGUUGUGCCUCAUAUCUGCCCUCUACGUUGUUAUCGUCUCGUACACGUUCCUGCUCAUGGAUGAUGGGAAUACGCAGUCUGGCAACGUCGGGCUUGCUCUAAGUCAGGGCUUGAUUUUGGUCACCAUGGUUCAAUACGGGGUUAAGCAGGCCACAGAAGUUAUAUCUCAAAUGACGAGUGUGGAACGUAUCAUACAGUUCACGUCACUGCCCCAAGAGAACACCUCAGGUCCCUCCCCUCCGAAAGAAUGGCCUCAGAGAGCUAGGCUCGUCUUCAAAGACCUCAACCUUCGCUACGACGUUGAUUCGGAACCUGUUCUAAAGAAUCUAAACAUCGUAAUUGAAAGCGGUUGGAAAGUGGGUGUCGUAGGACGCACAGGCGCUGGUAAAUCAUCAUUGAUAUCAGCACUGUUCCGACUGGCGCCUAUUGAGGGCAACGUGUAUAUCGACGAUGUUGAAACUGGAGAGAUUGCUCUCAAAGAACUGCGAUCAAAGAUCUCAAUUAUUCCUCAAGAACCCGUUCUGUUCUCCGCAAGUCUCCGCUAUAACAUGGAUCCGUUUGACAAAUACACCGAUGCUGAUAUAUGGAAGGCAUUGGAGCAGGUGGAGUUGAAGAAGAGCGUGACAUCUCUAUCUGCGCCGGUAGCGUCUGGCGGCACCAAUUUUAGCGCGGGGCAGCGACAGCUUCUGUGCCUGGCGCGCGCCGCGCUGGCUCGCAACAAACUGUUGGUGCUGGACGAGGCCACCGCCAACGUCGACCCCAACACCGACACCCUUAUCCAGAAGUCCAUUCGUAAAUACUUCGCCGAUUGCACCGUAUUGACUGUUGCGCAUCGCUUGCACACUGUUGCCGAUUCAGAUAGAGUGGUCGUGAUGGAAGCGGGCCGCAUUAUGGAAUGCGGGCAUCCCCAUGAACUUCUACAGAACGAGGAGGGUCACUUCACAAAAAUGGUGAAGCAGCUUGGUAACGCCGCCGAGCAGAGCCUUCGCGACCUUGCCGCCAAUGCUUACGCCCAGCAUAUAAAGUACGUUGACGCGGAGGAUACUCAAGCGGCGUAGAAACAAAAUAGGCUUUCCAAUGUGAUAAUUAACACAGAUAAAAACAAAAUAAUUCAAAAUGCUAAUUGUCUCUGCCAAACUGCCUAAUAUGGUCACCUACAUGUUUGGGAAAAUGUAACUAUAAAGGAAUAAAUGCCUUCACACAGGUUAGGAGGACCGUAAAGCCAAUGUGAUAUUUAAUUACCCAGAUGUACAAUUUAGUAGACGUGGAAAAUGGUGAUCACCUUCGUUUUAUAUUUUCUCAUCUAGCAUUCAACUCCUAUCAAGAAACUACUUUUGUGCGUAAAAGUAAACCGUAUACGUAGGUACGCGUUAUACCUACUAGGUACUUAGUAUAUCAUAAACUUGCCACGUGUAAAGAUGUAAAUAAUCAAUCUAUCUCUGCGUAGAAGAUAAGGUCAUUCCACUGAGGAUUGAUGAUAACGCGUGGACUAAUUAUAGUAGAUAAUUAUUCAGUGGCACAACUUCAAAUACCAAUGCCAUUGAUUAAAUAAAAUUACAUUGCACUUUUUGCCUUGCACUUGUAUCAAAUCACAGAAAUGUGAUGUUGUUUUAUUCGAAUUUAGUUUUUAUUUUAAGUUAGGCAUUUUUUAAAUUAGGUACUUAUUAAGUAAAAUCGUAUUUUAUAUACUUAAGUAAAAUACUUAAAUAAUGAAGACUCGUUGGUUCAUUUUUUACGAACUGUACGGCCUUAUCUACUUAUUUUUAAUGGAUGUGAUGUGAAUUAACUAUUGAACCAAAAAGUACUUAGAAAUAUGUACCUACUUAAGACCAUCUUGAUAUACAAAAUACCAUAUAAUUUAUAUAAAUAAUAACU